AUGUCCGACUUCACACAGAACCUCAAUCCGGCGGCGCGGGCGAGCACUAACGAUGAUGUUAUUGGGGAUGCUUUACUGGCCUCGUGGCAGCUCCCGGUCACGUCGUUUAACGCAAACUCUAGUUUAGCGAGAUUAGUAGAUCGAUCUAGUGCCGUGUCGUGUGCGUGUGUGAAGACCGUGUGCAUGUGCGUUCCAGAAAUCCUGCUCUGCAUCCACCGCCACGCUCGUCAAAGACGGCCCGAUCUACCGGGGACCAGCUACCGCUUCGAUCCGGCCGCAACGCCCACGCCGCCGAAGGCCAGCGCUCGCCAAACCGCGCUCGGCAGCGGAACUGUACGGCCACGCCGUAACAGGACAGCAGCAACCGUCACCGCAGCGUCCUUGAAUUAACCGCCAUCGCGCACAGCAUCCGCCAUCGCGAUCGCCAACCGCCAUCAACCUAACCUGGAAGGUUAGAAACCACGUGAGUGAGUGAAGGUUAACCCUUGGGAGAGAAGUCCGGCCUCGAAGGCGGACACGCGAACCGGCAGCAAACAACAACCA